CGUGCAGCGGAAGUCCUGUCAAAGUUGAAAGGUUCUUCAAGUUGGUUAGCAACUCGGCAAGCUAGCCGCAACAGGAUAAAAAAAAAGCCUUCUUAGAUUUAUUAAAUAUGUCAGCGACAGGUGAAAACACAGAGACCGUACUCCCAUGUGUACUUGUCACUAGCUGUGACAGCGUGUUUAAAGAAGAAGAGCUGAUAAAACAAAUCCUCAAUACGAAUAUUUUGCCCCAGCCGACCAAGCGAGAUGAAACAGUAGCCUGGUAUGCUUGGACCAUCAACAACAAAUACUAUACAGCAGAUGUCAGAUUGUGUGUGGUACCUAGCACUUUUCAAAUGUCAUUAGAGAUUGCACAGUCCACGCAGGCUUUCAUCGCUUACUUUGACAGUAAAGUGAAAGAUGGUCUGGAAAAGCUCAACCCGUGGAUUUCAGUGGUGGAAGAAUUAGCCCCAGAGGUGCUCAUACUAGUGUGUGACAAAGUCUGUGAAAAUGGUAUCACUAGACAUGACGCACAACAGUGGUGUCUGGCUCAUUCAUUUGAACUUGUGGAGCUCAAUCCACAGGAGCUGCCAGAUGAGGAGGAUGAUUUUCCAGAAUCCACAGGGGUGAAAAGAAUUGUUCAGGCUCUGAAUGCCAAUGUGUGGUCCAGUGUGGAGAUGAAGGAUGGGCACAAUCAGGGCUUUGGUCUAAUGAGCAGUUUGGUGGCCUCCAGACAUAAUAACCCACGCAGCUGCCAAGACCCACCGUCCUCCACCUUGCCUGCAGAGGGCACUAAUGAGGAGGUUAGCCAGACAGAUGGCAUAAACACCAACACACAGGUGGACUCAGCAGUUGAUGCUAUGACUGAUUUAGACAUUCAGGAGCUUGCCAAUCUUACAACUGGUGAUGCAGAUGUGGAUAAUUUUGAGCGCCUUUUUACCAAAUUAAAGGAGAUGAAAGAUAAAGCUUCCACAUUACCACACGAGCAGAGGAAAGUUCAUGCUGAAAAGGUGGCAAAAGCCUUUUGGAUGGCCAUUGGUGGUGAUGAUGAUGAGAUAGAUGGGUUAUCAUCAGGUGAGGAAAGCUAGAAGCAACUGCCAGUAGUGCAGUCUUCUUUCUCCUGAUCCUCCUGCCUUUCCCAGGCCUCACAUAAGACUCACCGCCUGAUGACGUCCUGCUCAUGAUUGGAAGUGGAGAUGCUUACAGAUGGUACUGUAGGCAUAGUGGUAUUUAGAAGCUUUUGAUUUUUGGAUAUGAAGUGAUCUGUGCAUUGAGGGAAAAAAAAUAAAAUAAAAAAAAAUCUGAUGGAUAUCCUUUUUAGAGGAGAAGCCAGUGAGUGGCUCUGAUCCUCAGUCUUCUUCCUUGGGUCUUUCACUAUGUUUGUGCCCUAAGAGAACCAAGAUGGUGAUCCAGGUGGCAGACAUUUAAUAUGGGCUUUCAUGCAUUUCUCUAAGUAGAGUGGCCAUAUGUAUUUUUAUUUGUUACAUAUGUGCCUUAUUCUUUGAAGCAACAGUUGUAACAGAUUUAAUGCACAUCUAGACCAAUAAACAUAAAACCAUGUGAUUUAUUCUUUUUUUUUUUUAUUUUAGUGAAUGUGUAUUUAUCAUGAACACUGUCCUACUACAUGGGUGUAUACUACUCGACUAAUUCCAACUUGUGCUAAAUUGGAAUAUUUCUGCAAUAAUUAAAAUGAGUCAUUCAGA